CGGUGCCGCCCUCACCCGCCCACAAAAUGGCGGCGGGCGGGCUGGUUCCGCCAGGCCGCGGCGGCCGCUUCCUCCCCGUUCCUCGGUACCCCUGGUACCUGAGCCGCCGCUGCCCGGGGGAACGGGCAGCACGGUGCGGUGCCCCGCGAUGGAACUGGGCCGGCUGGAGUACCUGCAGGCGCUUGUCACCGAGUUCCAGGUGACGGACAGCACAGAGGCCAAGGAGCAGGUGCUGGCGAACCUGGCCAACUUCGCCUACGAUCCCAGCAACUACGAGUACCUCCGGCAGCUGCAGGUGCUGGACCUGUUCCUCGACAUGCUCAGCGAGGACAACGAGAGCCUGGUGGAGUUUGCCAUGGGUGGUCUUUGCAACCUGUGCCUGGAUAAAACAAACAAAGAGUACAUCCUGGAGGCCAACGGGGUGGAGCCCAUCAUCAACUGCCUGUCCAGCUCCAACGAGGAGACCGUGGUGUCGGCUGUGACCACGCUGAUGUUCCUGACGACGCCGCGGUCGCGCGCGCAGACCACGGCGCUGCCCGUGGUGGAGUGCAUGCUCCGCUUCUCGCUCUCGGCCAACAAGCGCCUCAGCAACCUGGCAUCCAUCUUCCUGCAGGAUUACUGCUCUCCUCCCCAGCUGGAGGAGGCCAGGAACCUCAGCAAGCACACGGCAGUGGGGAUUCCUCUGCCCAAGGACUGAGCAGGGCUGUGGAGAGGGGAGCCUCCUGCUGUUCUGCCUUUCAGCUCAGCAGGUCAAGAGCAGCAUUAAAGAGGGGAGUUGGUGCCACCAGUGCUGGUGUUUAGUUAACAAACAGGAUGGAACAGCACUGGCAGCUGGGCCAACAGCUAAGCCUGCAAAUAUUUAAAUAAAGUGGGUCAUGGCUGCACGUUGGAAAGUACUUUGCCAAGUGCAGCUCAGCACCCAGCUUGCAGAAAUAACCCUUCCCAGCAAUGAGGGGUGUUCUGCUUGGGUUAUUGGGCAGAAUUAUAUCCAGUCCAGUUCCUGGCUAGUGCUGCUGCACUUCUCCCCUUCAGUGUCUGUGACAAGUGAUGCUGUCAAGUCACUGAAAUGUCACAGAAAUUUAUUCCUCCUGCAGAGAAAGGAGUUUCCCUGCCCUGGCAGUUCACAAUCUCUUCAUCCCUUUGGCACUAGUUAUGCCAUCCUCUAAUCAUGGCAGAGGCAGCCAGUUAGGGAAUCAGUGCAUCAGGCUGUAGCUACCCUAUAAAUGAAGAAGUGCUAAGUUUGUCUUUCAUUACCACUGGUGAGAAAGGUGAAGUAAAAAAAAGAGGGGUUCAGGGCAGUCUGGCUCAUGAGAACAGCUGUCUUGUAAAAACUUCUGUUAAUAAAACAUUAACUUAAA